AUGGCACCAAAAAAGACCGGCAAAGGAAAGGGCAAGGAGCGCGCAGAGCCGCAAACCGAGGCUGUCGUUCCGUUCGGCAAGCAGCUCGCGCAUACGGAUAAGAGCGUGCGGGACCUGGCCGUGCGUAAUCUUACAGCGUUCUUGUCGGCUGGAGGGGAGGGAGAUGAGGGCGAGGGAGGGUAUACCCGUCUCGAGGACAAGGAGAUGGCAAAGUUGUGGAAGGGGUUGUUUUACUGCUUCUGGAUGUCGGACAAGCCGCUCGUGCAACAAGCCCUCGCUACCGAACUCGCCGACCUCCUCCUCCGCAUCAACCCCCGUACUUCGGGCGACCGCGACGCCGCCCGGCUCGACGCCUCCCUCGCCUUCCUGGGGGGGUUCUGGACCGCUCUCGUGCGCGAAUGGAACGGUAUCGACCGCCUCCGCAUUGACAAGUACUACAUGCUCAUCCGGCGGUAUGUCAACGCGUCUUUCCGCCUGGCCGCUCGGGCUGGAUGGAGCAACGCAGCAGUCGAGGGCAUCAACGCCAUCCUUGGAAGCGAACACGGCCCAAUGAGCUGGCAGGACAAGAGCGUGCCCAUGUCUCUGGCCAGUCAUAUCGGCGACGUCUACCUCCAGGAGUUGGACAAGGUUCUGGCUGAAAGUGAGAAUGCUCCGCUUAUCGAGCUUUUGCGGCCGCAUAUCGUGCUCAUUGCGCGGACGCGGAACGCUACCCUCCACAGCCGGAUGGUUGGCUCCGUGUUUAACCCUCUUCUCGCUGGGCUCAAGGACGGAGACGAGUACGAGAACAUUGCGGCCAAGAGCACGGUCGACGGCGAGGCGGUGGAUCCUGCGCAACUUAGGACGGCACUGCUGCGCGCAAUGUUUGAAGAGGCUUCGCAGGAGAGCACGAUCGAGAGUAACCGCCGCAAGCUUUAUGCGCUUGUGCGGGCAGAGGACGACGACGACGAGUAG